AUGGAGCAAAGCGUCUGCAACUCUGCCGAUUCCUCGCCGAGUGGACUGAUCAUCCCACAGCUGCGCUCAGAUCCUCUGUACUGCGAAUUUCUCGAUGAUGAUUUCGAUGCCAAAACCGUUGCCGCGAAAGCAGUCGAGAACCUCGCUAUCACAGACAACCUCGCGAAGAUAUCAGCCGGAAUCUCGCUUGUCGAAAGAGAGAUUCGACACGAAGUGGGCGACAAAUACGAACAGCUGUUGAGCCAUGCCACGGACAUCGAGGUGCUCGAGAAGAGCCUCCAGGACACCUUCACAUCAGUCAAAGCUCUGAAGGUGAUCAGCGAUCGCCUCCAGAGUCGAAUGAAUGAAUGCUAUACGAAAGUUGAACAGCAGACCUUGAUGCUGGGUCGCCUCCAUGAAACUUGCGAGCUGGCUCGAAGUGUCGCGAGAUUGGCGGGAAUAUGUAAGCAGUUGCGUCAGAGUAAUUCCAAGCAGAAUAAGGACAUGAUCAAAAGCGCACAACUUAUCGCCGAGGUUGACCACCUCCUGUCGAACGUCGGGGAUGGGGUCCACUCGGUGAACGCAGUCAGACAGCAUCUCACCUUCCUCAGUGAAUUUCGAGUCGAUCUCAUUCGACAAUGUCAAAAUCUGCUCAAGUCUUCUCUAGAAACACAGAAUGCCGCUCAGAUCGCGAUUGCCCUCCAAUCGUUGCACCAUAUGGGUAUACUCUCCCAGCAGCUUGAAUGGCUUCUACAGAACUACCGGGAGAAGAACACGCGGGCCGCAAAGGAAGCUCUCGACAGUCAUAGGCUCACGCAAAACGAGCAAGCCGCAGGACGAGCGCCUGGCCGGGUCGCUCUCGGUGGGGGAGCAGCUUUCCGGGGCAACCUGUGGAAUGCGAUCGAAAACCUCACCGGAGCCAUCAACGCUCAGUUGGCUCAAGUCGCGGGGCUGGAGACCGUCAUGGCGAAGAGGAAAGACGCAAUCAGUCAUGCCACCUUCCUUCAAAUCUACAGUGAUGAGGGGAAACCCGGUCUGGUCGAAUCGUUGUGGGAGGAUCUGAGCGCGAUGCUCUCGGAAGAAUUGGUAUCUGCCUCGAGCCAAUCCACCUUCGUUCGUCAAGCCUUCGAAGGAGAGUAUCCGAAAUUGAUCAAGAUUUUCACCACGAAACUAGAAGGGGUUGACUUGGCGAAAUUGCGUCUUGAAGUCCUUGAGACCGCCUAUUUGAGCCGAUCACUAUCGCGGCUCCUCGACAGCGCCAACCUCUGCCUCACGAACACCCCGCCUUCACAGGAAGAUGUUCUGGCCGUUGUUAAUGUCAUCAUGUCCGAGAUCCGCGUCACCGAAUCUGUCGGGGAUUCGCAACUCUUACACAAAGUCGCUAAAAAUGUGGCGAAAACAGUUCAUCAUCUGGCGAGUCGAGCCGAGGAAACUGUCAUAAAGUCUUCAACUCCGGAUGCCAUCCAAGUGAUAGGUCCCGCGAACGUGACCCAAAAGAAUAACGGAAUCGCUCUACAAUUAUUGAAUCAGUUCUCUGUUCAAGUGGCGUCCUUCACCGAAAGCCUGACCUGCGAUGCCACCUCGAUAUCUGUGAUGUCGUCCUCGCUCAAGCACAUCGAUUCGACGUUGACGUCUUCCCUGGCCCCUCUUUUCUCUUCAAUCGGGAACGCAAUCGAAGCAAUUUUCCUCACGAUGCACGGGGAGAGAUACGAUAUCAAGAGCAAUGGGGAGAAAAUGUCCUGUUCUCUGUAUAUGCGAGAACUCACCGGUUUCAUGCAGAGAGUUAUAUCGGAGUACGUCAUCCUCUUCCCUGUCAAUGGAACGGUUCAGGGCAUGGUCCGCGAGAUGGGAUCCCGCACGAUCGAGCUCUUCUUGCGUUUCGCAACGCUUCUGCGUCCCGUGAGCGAUGGAGGAUGCUUGAAGCUCGCUGCAGACUGCUGCCAAUUGGAGACGAUCCUGAGUCAACUCAACCCUGAGUCCUAUGAGGAUUCUCUCGGUAGGCAGUUCCGCUCCUUGCGGGCCUUGAAACCGCUGCUGCUCCAAGAGGAGGAGCAGAUCGCGAAGUCCCCGUCCGUCGGAUCGGUGGUUCCUUACUCGACUGUUCUGCACUUCUUGUUCGCCCGGGCACCUCCUGAGAUGAAAUCACCUCAUGAAGCAGCGUCGUGGAGUCUUCAGAAAUAUUCGAGCUGGUUGGACCAACAUCCGUCAGAGAAGGAUCGUCUGGUCCUCAUACGAGGCACGUUGGAUUCGUACCUACGCUGGGUCAAACAGAAUUCCAUCAAACAGUUCCCGCCGGUGUACCUUCUCAUCAACGAACUAUUGGCUAAGGCUGUGGCUGAUUGCGUUUGA